GUGCUUAUCUUUUCGCUCAGUGUUAGUACACAGCACAGUUCCAAGCGGGUCGCAGUGUCACAGCUUUGGCGAAGUUAUUCGUGAUUUUGGUGCGUUGAGUUCUUGAUUUUCAAAAAGUUUGCAGUUGAGUUGAGCUCUCGGAAAUUGCAGGGAUAUCACCAUCAAAAUGGACUUGAACAGAUGUAUCCCAUGUGGAAUUCAACGUUGCGAUCCCACCGAGAAUAUUGAUCACACAAGCAUCCAGCAAAUUAAGGAACUUGGCAGAGGUGCCUUCGGCCGUGUGUUUGAAGCGAAGUGGCGUGAUACCAAGUUUGGUCCACAGAGUCCAUGGUAUCCAGGUUCCAACAUAGAUCCGCAGAAUGGUUCAACUGAUGCAGUUGGUGGUUUAACUGUUGCAGUUAAAUAUAUGAAGAAGCAGCCGGAUGAAAACAUGCCAUGCGAUUUUCUACGGGAAAUCUGUGCGCUCUCAUCAUUGAAACAUAGCAAUAUCGUCGAGCUGUACGGGGGUGGUCAAACCCAUGUCGAUUAUUUCCUCGUCAUGGAAUUGGCAGAAGGAUCUUUGAGAAAUAUUCUAAGUAAAGGUCCGAUUCCUUCUGGUAAAGGACUAUCCUAUUUAAGGCAAAGCGCAGAGGGACUACAUUUCUUACAUAUGAACAACAUGAUACACCGAGACAUUAAACCGGAAAACCUCCUAAUUUUUCAUAAGGGAGAGACAAUUAAAAUCGGAGAUUUCGGACUGGUUUCUGAUAACUACCUAACAAGAAACGCAGCAGGAACAACGCUCUACAUGGACCCUCAAGCAAUCAAAUCAAACAAAUGCAACUACAAGAGCGAUAUUUAUAGUUGGGCCGUUACAAUGUGGGAGAUGUUUGCUGGCAAGAGUCCAACCUGGAACAGGCAAAAACGAAGGCCUGUAAUUCCGAAAAGCUGGCCGAAAAAGGUACAAGUUUUGAUUCUACUGUGCUUGAGUCAUGAUUCAGAUUCUAUAAUGUCUAUGGACGAUGUGAUUAAAUUUUAUAACUGUGGACCAAAUGAAAACAGCGAAAAUUAUUCUAAUGUCCAAACAGGCUCAGACUUGAGCAAGUAUUUCAUUGGAGGUGGAUUUGCCGCGGGGCUUGUAGUAGCAAUAAUUAUGGCAUUUCAUUCGUUGAGAUAAACCUAGGGCAAUAAAAUAAGGGCGUAAUAUUAAAAUUUUCCCUUUUUCUGAAAAUCUCUAACUUUCAAUUCAAUUCAAUUCAAUUUUUAUUUUUCGAGAUAGCAUGUUACAAAUUUGUUCCUUUGGGCUUGUAUAGAGAUUUGGAUUUUCCUUACAACUAUGAAUGUUUCAGAUACUGACUUGGUAGCAUAGAAAUUGUUCGUUUCAAAUUUUCAAAUCUAGGAAAAGGGUGCCGUAAACUGGGGUCAAUCGGGACACAUGGGGCGAAUUGGGACAGCAGUUUUAACCAUGUUGGAGCACAAUAUUUUGAUUUUUCUGGUUGGUUUCGGUUAGAACAGACUCAGGCCAACAAAAUGUGUACAUCCAUUUCCAAAUUUAAAAGCUUUAAGUGCUCUAAAAACUUCUGUCCCUAUUCAGACUGUAGUCCCGAUUCACCCCAGAUUACGGUGGUGAAAAAUCCAAUCCAAAACUGUUAUGUUUACUCAAUCUAAUAUCACAGUUGGGAGAAGAAGGAAAAAUCUUUGACUUAUUUAUCAAUAAAAUAUGCGAUUGAUA